AUGGGGUUCCCAGUUGGGUACACAGAGCUCUUCCUCCCCAAACUUCUAAUCCAUGUCCUAACAUUUAUGGGCUUAAUUCGUAAGCUCAUUUCCGCCAUUUUUCAGGUCAUGGGUCUCGGGGAUUUCUUAGAACCCGAGUUUUCCAUCGACCCGACCCGGAUAGAUUCGUUUAAUCAGUUCCGGUCAGUGUCCGCUGUACUCAUCCGUGAGAUUCUUCCGGUGGUGAAAUUUUCAGAGCUUGUAGAUCCACCGGAGAGCUGCGCUGUAUGCCUGUAUGAGUUUGACGCCGGUGACGAGAUCCGGCAGUUAUCGAACUGCCGGCAUGUAUUCCACCGGUGCUGUCUGGACCGGUGGAUGGACCAUGAUCAGAAGACUUGCCCGCUUUGCCGGACUCCGUUAAUCCCUGACGAUUUGCAAGAUUCGUUUAAUGAGAGGUUGUGGGCAGCUUCCGGUAUCGCCGAGUACUACGGCGACCUGUCGGUGGUCAGUAAUUAG